AUGUGUGACACUUGCGUGACAAUCUUCGGCAGUCCCAGCCGCAGCGCCGAGUACCAUGUGGAUCUCAGCCGCUGUCCCUGGUGCCAAGAGGCCUGCAAUCUCACCGUGCGUCAGCUUCCGCCGACGAAAGGUGCCGUAGUCGUGGCCCUCGAUGGGGGCGGGAUCCGCGGCCUGGUGACUCUGGGCUUGUUGCGGGCACUGGAAAGGCGCUUGGACGGCGCGAUGUCUAUUGCUGGGAUCGCCGACUACAUCAUCGGUACCAGCGUGGGCGCCUUCAUCACCACUGACCUCGUGUAUAACGGGACAUCCGUUGAAGAGGGAUAUCACAAGUUCCCAGAAUUUGCGCGAAAAGCCUUCCGGCCCUGCGGACCAGCCUCGAGACUCUGGCCGUGGCUGGCGGCCAUCGUAGGUAUCUUGAAAGAUGGAUAUUAUGACACCAACAGUCUUGACCGCACCCUCAACGAGCUGUUGCCUCCCACACUGCGACUCUUCGACGUCCCGGACUUGGUCCCGACGGGGACUCGCGUCGGGGUGGUGGCGAGCCGAACGUCCAACGGCAAGCCCAUCCUCUUUCCGAAUUACCGAGGCGUAGGAUCCAGAUCGGAGAAGCUGCCGUACGAGGUGGUGCAGGUGGACGGCGAGACACCAAAUCCGCGGUUGCAGGACGUGUAG